AUGUAUUCGCUGCUGACCUUUCUAGCUUUUGCCUACGUGGUUUCCUCAUCACCAUGUGAGCCCGGAUGGCGAUAUUUCCCUGUGACACACUCGUGCUACAAGCUAAUCGACGACGAACUACCUUGGACUGUGGCAGAGUUCAAAUGUCUCUUCCAAGGCGCUCAUCACGUGUCAGUUAGCAGUGCCGCAGAGAAUCAGUUCGUUCAUGAAUUAGCACAUCACGGCGAAAUGUGGACUGGUGCCGCGUUCUUCGGCUCCUCGAAUGUAUAUGUGAACUCGGACCAGACACCGUACGGUCGCUACUCGAACUGGAAAAACGGAAUCACACCACCAAUGAAUCGUGCUCGACGAUGCAUCAAGAUCGAUAAGGAUGGUCAAUGGUUCCAGUCGUGUUGCAAGAAGCGAAGUUUGGCCGUAUGCGAAAAGGCGGCCUCGUACUCAUGGGAGUCCACGAACGAUCUCUCGGAGUUCCGUCGUGCGAAGUUCCGUCGAUUCUAA